AUGUCGUCGUCUUUCCUAGCCUCUCCCACCGCGGAGACUGCGCAGCAGUUGAAGGAGGCGCAGCUGACGAUUGGGAUGGCGCUGAAAAAUGCGCAGUACGCCUUGACCACGCAUGCCCACCGCAGCCUCACCACUGCCCUUCAUGAGAACGUGAACGCAUUGACGGCCCUUAGCACGUACCUCUCUCUCUCCGGCAGUCCGGUGAAGGCAGCCGCCAUUGCAGGACAGAUGGCUAAGAUUCUCAGGUCUGUCAGCGCGUACGUUGCGGCAAAAGAGCGGAGCGGGGGUGGUUGGCAGCGCGCCGAAGGGUCGCACCACAGCAGCUCGCCCAACACGUCCCCAAGCAGCAGCGUUAUGCUCCACGAGCUAGGCUGCAUGCCAGACUCGCGCGGCGAGUCUGCCGGACUCGUUGCAGAUCUGCAGCGAGCCGUGGAGGAGCUGAAGGAGCAGCGAGACAUGAUGGCAGAAGAGAAGCGUGCGCUUCUGGCGGCCUUGGAGGAGUCUCGCCAACACCCGGCCGCCACCACGCCAUGCGCAGUGGUAGAGGUGCACUCAUCGGAGGUUGCGGACCAAGACGCUGGUGCGGCUAUUCGAAAGCUACGCGCGGAGUUAGACAGCUUGAAGCACGAGUUGCGCGAGGAACACAUGCGGGCCGCCGCCCUGCAGGAUCAGCUGCGCGAGGCGGAGGAGCAAGUCCAAGAUCAGCAAGACCAAGUGCAGACACUCAGGCUUCAGCUGAGGUUAUCGCAGGAGGAGAAGCUAUCGCAGGAUGCCGCCUUUGCCAAGAAGGAAGAGGAGAUCAAGGCGUUUCAAGCAGCCCUGUUGCACAAUUCGAACAGCACAAGCUCCCCGUCAUCCGCGUUGGCCGCCGCCAAAGAUGCAUCAGAAGCCGCCCGACCGCCUCGCGGCUAUGUGGACAAGGAUGACUUUGACGCCUUAAGGCUGCAGAACCAGCUCCUUCAGCAAGCGCUGCGCGAGCAGGAGACACAGGCGCGACCUACCGACUCCCAAGCUGUGCUGACCCAACAGACGCUAGAGGAGAUUGAAGCUGAUCAUCAACAGCAGCUACAGGCGAUGAAGCUCACAAUUCAUAACCAAUACAACCGCGAAACGGAACUCCUCGGUCAACAGCACGCUAUGCAGGACAGCAUCGACGACCUGAAGCGACAGCUUCAGCUCAGCAGUAACCGGCAGUGGGUGCAGCAGGAGCGCGAGAACCACCUCAACGAGAUGGAUGCGGCCAAGCAGCGCAUCGAGCAGCUGAAAGACACCAUAAAGAAGCAAGAGGGACACAUAGAAGAGCAGAAAUCACAGCUCGAUAACUGCGCCCAAAACGAGCGCAAACACGCCGACACCAUAAUGAGCCUCAAGCUCCACCACGAGGAGCAUGUCACCACGCUCGACAGACAGCUCUGCGACCUGCGUGCCGAGCUAAACGAAACUCGUCUUCGACUGCAAGACCUCCGCAACGAACUAGAAGCACAGCAUACUCAAGCAGCUGCCACCAUCGCCGCUGCCGAACAGCAGUGCAACCAUCAAAAACAGGAUAUCAGCAACCUCACACUGACCAUGACCGCAGAGCGCGAGCAGCACGAGAGCCGGGUGGCGGAGCUGCAGCAGCAGCUGGAGACGGAGCGCGACCGCGCGGCUGCCAGCCAGUCCGCUGUGGAGGAGCGCGAGUCUGCGCUGCAGCAGCGCCUCGCCGAGCUGCGCACCAGCAUGACCGCAGAGCGCGAGCAGCACGAGAGCCGGGUGGCGGAGCUGCAGCAGCAGCUGGAGACGGAGCGCGACCGCGCGGCUGCCAGCCAGUCCGCUGUGGAGGAGCGCGAGUCUGCGCUGCAGCAGCGCCUCGCCGAGCUGCGCACCAGCAUGACCGCAGAGCGCGAGCAGCACGAGAGCCGGGUGGCGGAGCUGCAGCAGCAGCUGGAGACGGAGCGCGACCGCGCGGCUGCCAGCCAGUCCGCUGUGGAGGAGCGCGAGUCUGCGCUGCAGCAGCGCCUCGCCGAGCUGCGCACCAGCAUGACCGCAGAGCGCGAGCAGCACGAGAGCCGGGUGGCGGAGCUGCAGCAGCAGCUGGAGACGGAGCGCGACCGCGCGGCUGCCAGCCAGUCCACUGUGGAGGAGCGCGAGUCUGCGCUGCAGCAGCGCCUCGCCGAGCUGCGCACCAGCAUGACCGCAGAGCGCGAGCAGCACGAGAGCCGGGUGGCGGAGUUCGAAAGGCGCGUAGCCCAAGUCGAGGCUACGCAAAAGGCUGAAAAUGAGAUUCACAGUGUAGCUGUAGCGGAUUUGAGGGUUCAGCUGGACGCUGAGCACAUGCGAGCUGACAAGGCGGAAGCUGAUGCUCGUGAAAAGGUGAGGAUUGCUUGGGAAGAUUCGAAGAUCGUUGCGGAAGCACAUGCCGUGGAGCUUCAAAAGCUGAAAGAUGAGCAUACCGCAGAUCUGAAGCAAGUGCAGGAGGGGCACGUGCUAGACUUGAAGCGAGUGCACUGCGAGUCAGCCACGAAGUUUGCUGUGGCGUCUUAUCCUGUAGACUGGUUGAAGGAGGAGAACGAGGCUUUAAAGGUGCAGGUGAAGGAGUGGGAGGAGAGGCACAAGGAGGAGGCAAAGGAGAAGAUGGCGGCGCUGGCGAAGGUGCGGCAGACAGAGCAGAUUCUGUUCUCCCGCAAGGGCGAGCUGCAGCGUCUCAAGGACGAAUGUGCAUCCAUGCAGAAGUCGAUGGCGAAAUCCAUGGAGGAGCGCGAUGCCGCGGUGAAGAAGCUGAAGGACGGCUUUCAGCUGGCAGAAGAAGCUCAGGCAAACGUAGUGCGUCUUGAGACACUGCGCAAGGAGCUGGAUGAGGUGCAGAAGCGGCUCGACACAGCUGACAAGGAUAAGGCCCUCCUGGCGUCCCGCUACAAGCGAGCGAGCACCGAGAAGGAAGAGUGUGCCGACGCUGCUAGAAAGCUGCUGACUCAGUAUAAGGAGAUGGCGGCGACACAUGAGAAGCUGGUGACUCAACUAGCUGCAGCUGAGGCAUUGGCAGCGGAGAAGAGCAGGGCGGUCGAGGAGCUCACGCGGGCAGCUGCUGUCGAUGCAGACCUCACAAGCAAUGGGCUGCAGGAUGAUGCGGUGAUAGCAGGGGCACAAAAAGUCUUGCAGAAUACGGUGAGCGAAAAGCAGGAGCGAAUCGAGGGGCUUGUGGCCGAGGUCGACAGAAUGGCACGUGAAAACAAGAGACUAAGGUCGGAGCUGGACAACGCACAAGUUCGCCAGGUGUCGACCUAUCGGCUGUCGCUGAUGGCUGAGCCAACCUCGAUGCAAGCUGCAUUUGCACGAGACAUGCUGAGCUCACUGGCGGAGAUACGUGUCAUUCUGAGCGCGAUGCACGCGCAACUACUUCCUAUUCUGGAGCAGCGUUGUGUGCAAGAGCGUUCCCGGGCUGCUGCAGCAGCGAGCCCUUCCGCCCCCACAAGCGCAGUGGAGGCUCUAGAAGAGCUGCACAUGGCAAUGGAGUCAGCCCACGCGGCGACGCAAGCUACCCUGGAGCACUUCGAUGCUAUGGCACGCCAGCUCUGCGUGUCUGCCGAUCUGCAAGGUGUUGUGUAUGGCAAGCUACUUGCCACACUGCAGCAGCCGCAAGGCAAGAAUGCCGCAUCUGCACUCACGCCCGCCUUGGUGGAUGUUUCACUCGUACGUGCCUGUGCUGCCCUUUUCAGCGAGGCGUGCUCUUGUCCAGCGCCAGGAUGGGAAGAGAACUUGCACCAUGGAGCAAAGAAAGUGCCCAGUCCUGCUAACCAGAGCUACCGUUCAGACAACGCCUGCAGCGCAGUUCGAGGCUGCGCCGUUGCCGCUGAGAAGGAUGAGCGAGUUACUGUUUCCACUGCUGCGGAUCGGAAGCCCCUGUCGAUGUGGUCGCAUUGUCGUGCCUUUUCGAGCGCACCGACUGAGUUCGUUUCCCCUGCAGUCGCAGGCAAUCGAGAUACCUCUGCCUACACCUUGAGCUCUGCCCGCCGGCGCACAGACGACUGCGAAUUUGGCAUGCUGAGCGAUGCUGGUUACGGGCGGGUUGCCGCCCGAGCUGGACCUCAGCGUCGGUCCUCCUUUGGGAAUUUCGCGGUGGCUCAAGCGACUAUCUCGCUCGCGGAGGAACGUGCUGGGCUAAGCACUGCCCCUACGCCGCCAUGGAAAUAG